AUGGCGCCGAUCAGGCCCCUGGCCAUUCUUCUCGCUCUGGCUGUGUCUGACCUCCACGGCCUGCCCUGGUUCGUCAAUGUCUCCGAGAGCCAGGGGCCUGGCGCCCGCCUCUGGUCCUUCUCCUUCAACUGCUCCUCGGGCACGCCCUCCCUGAAGCUGCUCCGGGUGCAGCCGCCCAGCCCCUUCUUCAACCCGCCCAGCCUGGCCCCCUGGCAGGGGCUGUAUGUGGGGCAGCUGACCUUGAGCAGCUCGGCCCGGCUGGACGCCCUGGCCGUGAACCACUAUGAGCUGCAGCUGCAGGUGACCUGCGGCCGCGAGGUGAUCGAGGGGCCCCUCUCCGUGAACGUGCAGCGGGACCCCGACCGCGCCCAGUGUACCGGCCGGUUUGCCAGCCCAGCCGGCGAAGCCAUCCAGGUGCCCGAGACGGUCGCCCCGGGGGCUCGGCUCUACACCCUGCUCCCCGGCCUGGAGCUCCAGGGAGCGCAGGCGAACAUCACCAGUGCCCAGGACCCGCCGUACUUCCCGGGACCUUUCUCCAUCAGCGGGCAGGGCUGGCUGCAGGCGCCCGCCCAGGGCCUCAGAGGCCAAGCCCCGAAGCUCUUCCGGCUCCAGGUAAUGCUGACCUGGGGGCGAGGCCGCCACUGCCGCGGGGAGCUGGCCGUGAGAGUCCUGCCGGCGCCCGCCAGCCAGCUCUCCUUCCCGGUGCGGAGCCUGAGCGUCUCGGUCCCCGAGGACCUGGCCCCCGGGAGCGUGGUGGCGCGGGUCCGGGCGCGGGGCGAGGACGUGCGCUACGAGCUGCUGGCGCCGGCGCGCGGCCCGCGCUUCUCCAUCGGACGCGCGGACGGCGUGGUGCGGCCCUCCGCGCCCCUGGCCGUGGCGGUCACCACGCUGCAGGUGCGGGCCUUCGAGCGGCUGCGGCCGGGUCCCAGCGUCCAGCUCGACCUCACCGUGAACGUGACCGUGGUCAACCGCUGGCCCCCGUGCUGCCUCCCGGCGCUGCUGCUGACUCAGGUCCCCGAGACCGCGCCCGUGGGCACCCCGCUGGGCACCUUCACCUGCGAGGACCCCGACUCCCCGGGCUCCCCCCUCCGCUACCAGCUGCGGGCCCGCAGCCCCCAGGACCUGGCCAGCCUGCGCCUCCGAGACCGGGUUCUGGAGGUGAACGCCACCCUGGACUGUGACGCGCCCGGGGCCUGCUUUCAGCUCGCCGCCUCCCUCCUGGUGCUGGACGGCGGCCAGCCCCCCAUGAGCACUGAGGUGCCAGUGCUGGUGACGGUGACACCGGUCAACGAGUUCUCGCCGGCCUGUGCCCCUCGGACAUUCCGGGUCCGUGAGGACGCAGGGCCCCGCACCCUGCUGGGCUCCGUGGUGGCCUCGGACAUGGACUACCCGCAGGCCGGCUCGGAGUUCCACUCCCCCGGCCGGCCGGCCCCCUUCGCCGUGGACCGGCUCAGUGGGGAGGUCCGCCUGCUGGGGCCGCUGGACUACGAGCAGCAGAGGCUGCACCAGCUCCCCGUGCUGGUGACCGACCGCAGCCAAGGCCGGGGCCCCGCGCAGCCGCGCUCCGGCUCCUGCACCGUCGCCGUGGAGGUGGAGGAUGUGAACGAGCACGCCCCCGAGUGCGAGCCGCCGUUCCAGGAGCUGGCCGUCCACGCGUCCCCGGGCAGCAGCACGGAGGUGACCAGGCUGUCGUGUCGGGUCCCACAGGAGCCACAGCGCCUCGCCUUCUCCUACAGCCUCGUGGGAGGGGCCGGCCAGGGCCGCUUCCGCCUGCAAGGAGCCGCCCUGCUGCACGAGGAGCCCCCGUCGGGGCCGCCGCCCCCAGCGCAGCCCCGGACCUACGAGCUCCUGAUCCGCGUGGCCGACGCGGGCCCCUCCGCCCCCCACCGCAGCACCACGGCCACCGUCCUGGUGCACCUGGUCCCCCGGACGGCCAGCGCCGCGGCCACCAGCACCAGCGGCGCCACCGUGCCUGCGGCGGCGGCGGCGACAGCCCUGCUGGUGACCCACACGGAGCCUUUCUGGCAGCCGGAGCCCUGGUUUGUGGCGGUGCUGACGGUGACCGGCGCCCUGCUCCUGGCCCUGGGCUGGCUCCUCUGCCGGCAUCUCCGGGGGUGGGCCCAAGGGCUACGGGCACCGAGCAAACCAGCCCCGGCGCUGCUGCUAACCAGUAUCCAGGGCACCGAGGGGUCCUCGGAGGGGUUCAUGGAGGCGCCCAGGAUGGAGACGCCCGAGGCACCCAGCAGCAUCAGGAGCCUGCGACAUUUCGAUGGCAGAGCCCAGGACUCGCGGACAGGCGGGGACUACCUGUUCGACAUGCGCACGGGCGCCUGGCGCUGGCUCUGA